AUGGGUCCGCAUUCGAAAAAGCGCAAGUUGAACGUUCAGGUGGAAGAGAUUACUUUCGAUCCAGAUGCGCGCCAACAAUUCCUGACAGGCUUUCGCAAACGAAAACAGCAGCGAAUAAAACAUGCGCAAGAGGUUGCAGUACAGAAGGCCCGGGAAGCGAAGAGGGAGGAUCGAAGAAAGAUGCGGGAAGAACGGUCUGCAGAAUUCGAACGUGCGCUUGAAGAGCACCGGAGGCAGCUGAAGAAACUCAAAGAAGCGGAGGAAAGUGGCGACGAGGAGAAUACUUCGAGCGACAAUGACGAUGAAGACGAGUGGAAUGGGAUCGCAGAGCCUCCGCCGGUAGACUAUGAGGCGGAAUACAUCGACGAGGACAAAUACACUACGGUCACGGUAGAGGAAAUGGAUCCGUCCAAGGAAGCACUCCUUCAAUCUGAUGAGGAUAGCUCGGAUGAGCGACCGGCGAAACCGAAUGCCGCAGAUGAUGCCAAGCCAGAGAAGAAAUCCGACAAAGCGAGAAAGAACUCGGACACGAAGCCAAAGAAGAAAAAGAAGAAGUUUCGAUAUGAAAGCAAGGAGGAACGAAAAGUGACAAGGAUGAAAGAGCGACAGUCGAAUCACAGGAAAGCCAAAGCACGGAGAGAACGAUGAGAUCCUUGCUCAGUCCAAUCAGUACUAUUAGGUUUACCUGCUUCGCAUGGAGACUCGAGAUCAUUCAGUGGACUGCAGAUUGGAUUUUUCACAUAUUGUUAACAAGCCUUGAGGUGAAGUUUGGUGCCAGAUGGAU